GUGACAAGUCGUCAUUUCUCCAUGGACCUGCAGGUGACCGUAUUUCUGACUGCAGACGAGGCGCACUCACUUGUUGACAGAGCAGUCCGGACACAAAACAGUCUUCCAGAUAGCUUUGAGCUUCCAGUGCCUCCACGUUUUCUUUCUGUUCGAGUGACACAGCACACACGUCGAGCACGCCGCUCAUUUGCCAUGCGAGUAAAUGGACUUCUCAGGAGCCUUACGGUGGCGUCAGAGCCUAAUGGAUGGGGCUCCUGCUCACAACAUUUAUCAGGUGAUGAUUUUUUCCCCGCUUUGUUACAAGACAACGAGUUAUUCUUCUUCACCAACGCCGCUGGGAUGCACUUUUUCAGCGCGAGGAGCCGGAAGCGUGUUAUUUUAUUUUUGUCACAUGGUUUGAAGAUUUCAAUAACAACACAAAAAUGGCGACAGUCACGUUGCUCGCUGUGGGCUUGCUGCGUCAUUAAAAUAUAUUCACGUAAACACGAGCUGGAAAGGUGGAAAAACGCAGAUGUUAUGUUAGCUCGUUUUGGCAGGCGCUCGCGCCGUCCAGCCAUGGCCAAACACGACGGAGCUGAUCGAGUUGUUUACAAGAAGAGAUUUGCGGGGAGGACGGGGCGGAGCCUCACUGAAUGGAACACGCCAUUGGACACCCGGAGAAGUGUCGCACACAGCGGGCGGAGUCUGGGGGAUAAUAACAAGUCUGACGUAAGGAGGAUGGUUUGUAUUAAUUAUUGAGAGGCCUGUUGGGGGAUUCGGGUGUUUGAGUGUUAAGGAAUUAGCCUGGGUGUGGAGUAGGCUAAAGGAGUGGCUGAAAGGAGGUGCAAGGAGGUACAGAAACCAAUCAAUAAAAAACAUUAUUAUCACAUGUAUUGAUAUAUAUAUAUAUAUACACACAUAUACACACACACACACACACACGUAUAUAUAGCCUGUAUAGGCUAUACGAUCUAUAUUAUAUGUAAGUAAUGAAGUCAUCAGAGUGUUUGGUAUUUUCUGUGGUUACAUUAAUUCCAUAUGAUCAUUAUGCUGCUGUCAGGCCAAAAACUUAUCUGGAGAAGGAAAAUAGACGUUUAAUAUUUAAUGUAAGUUAAUCUAGCAAAAUUUAAUUUUAUUUUCUUGGUCCAUUCAUCAAUGUCAUCAAUGAAGAUACAUUGUCCUGAAAGCAACAAUAUAAAUAAUGAAAUAAUACCUAACUUGUUGUUAUAUAUAU